CAUGGUCCAUCCUCGCAAUCGAGAAAUCUCCCGUUAAUCUAGACGCUCGCGAUCAAGCAUGCUCAUGUCGAGGCGCUCCCUCUCCCUGUCGCUCGGUUCUCGGUUAAUCCGAUGCCUCAGUCCAAGUACGGAGGCCCAUGCCUACGUUCUCUGCCUGCAGAACUCGGAGGAUCUCUCCAUCACCCGGUUCUGGUCUCUGCAGCGGCGCGUUACCCAAUGCAAUACGCAAGGCUCAGGAGUGGCUGCAUCGGGCGUUGAUAUUUCACAGACUUCCAGUCCUGGAGACUACGUCAGAUGGUCCGUUCACAAACAUCGACCCGAUAUUGUCGCUGAUGGAGCGCCAAGGGAUUGACUUAGGUCGAGACAAGGUGGUGAUCUCCUGACGGCAAGGCUCCCGACCCACCAACAGAGACGAGACGUCGUGAAUGAUCGACCGUGAUCUCCAUCGAAGUCCAAACCAAGAGACAAAG